AUGCAUAUAAACCAGGACUCCAGGCUAAGUCUCUCAUCGACAACAUCACACAGCAACCAUGAGGUCUCUGGUCUUCGUUCUGCUCAUCGGAGCUGCUUUCGCCACGGAGGAGGACAAGAUCGUCGGAGGGUAUGAGUGCACGCCUCACACCCAGGCCCAUACGGUGUCCCUGAACACCGGCUACCACUUCUGUGGUGGCUCCCUGGUCAACGAGAACUGGGUGGUGUCUGCCGCUCACUGCUACAAAUCCCGUGUGGAGGUGCGUCUUGGAGAGCACAACAUCAGGGUCACCGAGGGCAACGAGCAGUUCAUCCAGUCCUCUCGUGUCAUCCGC